AUGAUUUCACAAAUCCAGGAACAAAUAAUUUUCCCUUGCACCAAUGCGGCCCACAGGCAAGUCCUUCCCGUCCCCGUGAAGCGUGAUGACCGCAGUCCGCCGUCCGGGCAUAUGCCGGACCCGACAGGGUUCUUACAUAAGGAUUUCUUGGCACCGGGCAAUCCCAACGACAUCCCUCCCCUCCGUCAAUUCGCGAUGGCAACAAAUUCGAGCCCAGCUCGCCGCUUUCGUUCUUUGUCUAUCUCAAAGCAUCUCCCCUCAUUAUAG